GGGGAGCCGGGAGCGCGAGGAGCCCCCGGGAGAACCGGAGCCGUGGGAGCAGCGGGAACGGCCGGAAAAUCGGGAUCCGAGGGGCUCCGGGGGCUGCCGGGGGCCGUGGGAGAACAAGGAAAACCGGGAAGCCCCGGCCAGGCCGGACCCCCCGGACCCCUGGGCCCCCCCGGCCUCCCCGGCCUGAAGGGAAACACCGGAGCCAAGGGAGAGAAGGGCCACCCGGGGCUCCUGGGGCUGUUGGGACCCCCCGGGGAGCCGGGGGACAAAGGGGAGCGGGGCCGGCCCGGGAACCCCGGGAACCCCGGGAAAAAGGGAGAGACG